AUGGCGUACCGGGAGCUGGUGCGGCGCUGGCACGAGGGGGUGCGGGCAGCAGACCGCGGGCACUGGGACGCGGCCCUGGAGAGCUUCGGCGCCAUCCCCGACCCUCCGGCGCGGAUCUGCUUCAACAUGGGCUGCGUGCAGCUGCUGGCCCGGCGGCCAGAGGCGGCUCUGAGGGCCUUCGACCAGACCGUGGCGAAGGACAAUUCCCUGGCCGUGGGCUACUUCCAGAGAGGGCUGGUCCACCUGCAGCUGGAAAUGUUUGAGGAUGCUCUCUCUGACUAUCACAUGGCCUUCCGUCACCUGAGACAGAACCCCUUCAUCGACUACAAGCAGCUGGGGCUGAGGCACAUCCUCUAUGCCUGGGAGGUGCUGUACAGCACUGCAGCAGUGCAGUGCCACCUGCAGCAGUGGCAGGAGGCCACGGUCACCCUCGAGAAGGCUGUCGUGUGGAGACCUGAGAGAAGAACAGCAGUCCUGGACCUGGCCCUCGAGCGGGUGCAGGACCACCUGCUUUUAGAGCCCAUGCAGGUUCCUCUUGGGGAACUUUUCAGACCACGGAAGAAGGAAGUUGAAGAGUUGGAUUCCAAAGAUUUCCUGGGUAAACCCAAGGUGAUCUCGUCCAUCAUUCCCAAUGAUGAGUACAUCGGCUUUGAGCCUCUCAGGCCUCAGAAACAGGGCUUUUAUGAACCCAGUGCUGAUGCUCUGCGGGACAGUGAGGCAGGAUACCACCGAGUCUUGUCCCAGUACUGCCCCGAGCAGGCGCAGGAGCCGGUGGUGAAGGGCGGCAGUUUGGUGUUCGUGCUGAGCAGGGGAGCAGAUGGCUGGGCCACAGCCAUCCACGAUGGACAGAAGCUGCACAUCCCAAGCUCUCUGCUGGAGCCUGUCUCAAGGAUGGAUAAAUGGAAGAUCAGCAGUGGGAUCCCCCUUCCUCCUGCCCAGGUGCCUCCCAACCGCCUGCAUGUGAAGCAGAAGCCAGAGCCUCCUGGGGGAGAAAAUGCCUUUGCCAGUGAUGCCAGUGCCCAGAUGGACUCCAAGGUCCCCGGGAGCCGCGGAGAGGCCCGGCCGGUGGUGCUGCGGGCGCGCUGCGAGUGCACUGUGGUGCUGCGGGCGGGCGAGCUGCCGGCCCUGCCCGGCCUGCGGGCGCUGCUGCGGGAGCGCUUCGGGCAGCAGGCACAGCGGGGCACUCUGAGCUACAGGCACCCGGAUGGCACUGAGCUGGGCACAGUCUCGGGAGAGGAGGAUCUGGGGAGGAUGUGGCAGCAGCUGACAGAUGGCAGGGUGACACUCUGCUGCCAGGACUCGGACUCCCACUCGGGCAGACCUGUCCUGUACCAGAUGCUGGCUCAACACUCUUACCUGGCACAGGGACCAGGAGACCUGGAGUUCAGCAAGGGAGAUGUGCUGGAUAUCGUCUCUGAAGUGAACGAGGACUGGCUGGAAGGAUGCUGCAAUGGCAAGACUGGCAUCUUCCCCAAGUGCUUUGCCACCCAGACCGGCUGUGGUGCUGCUUUCCUGUAGCAAACAGGAGCCUUUUCCUGCCCGACUGCACUCCCAGGAAUGGGAAACACCGAUCCCAGCUCACUCAGGCCCCGGCCAGCCCAGCCAGGAGCUCUGCUGAACCUGGACAGGGGAUAUCUCCUGCUCACAGAGCCCACGGGGGCAGUUCCAGCAGUCUGACAGCAUUUCCCACAGCCUGUCCCCAGACCUUGUGCUUACACUGCCAAAGAUGUGUCUGUGCAGAGCAGAGAGAGGGGUCUGGUA